ACACAUUAAGCAACUGAUUCUGGUAAAGUGCCGUUGAUAUGAACCAGAGCAUGAACAUGGGAUAAGUAAUACUGCGUCAUUGUUUUCAAAUUUGAGAAGUUUACAUGAGCAUUCAGGAACGCCAAACGCCUUAAUUUCACCAGAGCGAAAUAAUUUCCUUCUCUUUUAUAUUGCCCAGAGCGCAGAAUAAUGUGUAGAUGAUAAAUAUCCGUCUUCUUUCAAUUAAGACGAACACAACACGACGAAAAACUCACUUGACAUGCACUUCAUGGACUUCAACGGACAACUACGGUAAUGUAAGUGAUUACAGGAGAAGACCGUACCAUCCUGCAGUUCCAGGAAUGGAGAACAGGAGCCACCUGCCUCCAGAUGGUGGUGACAACCCCAAUCUAUCCUCAACCCUCCAAUCAGAGUGUGAAAUGGAGAUUAGAACAGUCAGGAAGGAGCAAAGUGACCCAGAGACCUCUUCACAAAUGGGUGUGAGAAAAGAUCAUCUCUGUGAUGUGCCUCACAAGGUGCCUCGUUUCCAGUAUGUGGACUUUCCUUCUCUGCAUCAGUGUAUCCAACAGCUUACUGUGCCUCCUCUGAAUGGUUGGCUGGGAUCAAGCUCUUUGGCAAAGGCACCAAACCAUAGACCUGCCAGUCCCAAAGAGAAGGUGCCCAAGUUUAAGUAUGUGGAUUACCCCUCUCUCCACCACUGCAUUCAGCAGCUGUCUGUUCCUCCGUUAGAAAGCUGGAGUGCAGGGCUGGUCAGGCUCAAUGCGGAGGGAGGACAGGAAGGGUCUGGGUUGCAGAAGAGACCUUCUCAGCCUGGGACUGUGAGAAACAAGCAAAGGGUUCAGAUGAAUGAAGCUGGAGAUCAGAACGAGGACAGGAGUAGAGUAACAGUAUUUUCUUUCCAACAUACAAACUUAGUCACAGGCAAAGAAGAGAGUCCUGUGGGGAAUACUCACAAAGCUUACAUCUCAGACAGGGCGAGAGGAUUGCCUGGGUGUGUAAAGAAAGGUAACCCACCAGAUUGUGCUUUCAGGUUCGAAUCUGGUUCUGGAUCUCAGACAGACACCGUGGUGAUGAGAAAAGACAGACCUUCAGUUAUUAGCAUGGUGCACACAAAGAAGCAUCAGAAUUGUACAAAGGCAGAUCACUGGGACUCCUCAGAUUCAGUCGAACAGGUACCAUGGAAUACUCUAGAGUUAGUGUGCCAAUUCUGCCAACAGAUGUUCACAAAUCCUGAGAAGUUUAGAGCUCACCAGCAGAGCCAUAGAGAUAAGAGACCAGACUGAUGGGCAAAACUCAAGGUUCACCUGCUGAGUGAGAGCUGGUUUGGGCAAACAGAUCACACCACAUCAGGCCUUCUUGUGUUGUGAUUGGCUGCAAGAGUGAUUGCAGACAGCACUAUGGAGACAUCACGUUAAAC